AUGAGCUACCCACUGGACCACCUCUACGGCCACGGCUCCUACCGCAGGGCACCACCGGGCCUCUCUGCCCGGCCUGCCGCUUCUCUCUCCUCCUCCGGCUUCCACUCCCAGACCUGGACGACCUCUCAGCGCCGCCGCCAGGUCUACAGCCAGACACCCUCCGCCGACAGCUUGGAGAUCUUUAACGGCGACAUGACUCGGAGGAACGAGAAGGAGAUUCUGCAGACACUCAAUGACCGUUUCGCCGGCUACAUCGACAAGGUGCGUAACCUCGAGCUGAUGAACUCGAAUCUGGAGCAGGAAGCGGCUGCGCUGCGACAGAGCCAGACCGGGCGCGCUACCGUGGGAGAGCACUAUGAGCGCGAGCUGGGGAACCUGAGGGGUCUGGUUCAGCAGCUGACCGGGGAGAAGGCACGCGCACUCUUGGAGCAAGACCACCUGGAAGAGGAUAUCCAGCAUGUGCGGACCAGGCUCGAGGACGAGGCACGCAGCAGGGAGGAGCUGGAAGCCAAGGCACGCCUCGUGAACAAGUAUGUGGAUGAGUCUGGGCUCGCACGGCUAGAGCUGGACAAGAAGCUGAGCGCGCUGCAGGAAGAAGCCGCGUUCCUGAAGAAGAACCACGAGGAGGAGGUGGCGGAGCUGCUAGCACAGAUCCAGGGUGCACAGGUGAACUUCGAGGCUCGAGACACAAUCAAGGCGGACGUCACGAACGCCCUGCGGGAGAUCCGCGCUCAGCUUGAUGGACACGCGACCAAGAGCGCAACGCACGCGGAGGAAUGGUUCCAAGUGCGUAUGGAGCGGUUGGCAGAUGCAGCUCACUCUAACACAGAUGCGAUCCGUGGUGCCCAGGAUGAGAUAGCAGAGUACAGACGGCAGCUGCAGAGCCGCACCAUCGAACUGGAGACCCUCAGAGGAACCAAGGACUCCCUGGAGAGACAAUGCAUGGAGACUGAGGACAGACACCAUGGAGAUAUCCACUCACUACAGGAGACCAUUCGUCAGCUGGACGGUGAACUGAAGAGUACUAAGUGGGAGAUGGCCAGUCAGCUGAGAGAAUACCAGGAGCUGCUGAACGUCAAGAUGGCUCUGGACAUAGAGAUAGCAGCCUACAGGAAGUUGCUGGAAGGGGAGGAGACUCGGUUCAUACCUGGGCCAAGCCUGUACUCCUACUCCUCUGCCCACCUGAAGCUGAAGGGGGAGGAGCUCUCAGACACAGUCAUACUGGAGGAACAGACGGAUGAGACACAGGUCACUGAGGUGACAGAGGAAGCAGAAGAUGAGGAAGAGGAAAAGGGAGAGGGAGAAGAGACAGAAAAGGUAGAAGAGAAGGAGGAAGAGGAAGAGGGAGAAAAGGAGGAGGAAGAGGAUGAGACCAAAGCUGAGGCAGAAGAGGGAGAAGGAAAAGGAGUUGAGGAUAAGGGGGGAGAGGAAGAGGAGGCAGGUGAGGAGAAAGAGGAAGAGAAGUCUAAGUCACCUGAGAAGGCUGCUUCUUCUCCAUCCAAAUCUCCCCCCAAAACCCCCCAGCCCAAAUCUCCUGCCCCCAAAUCACCUGAACCAAAAUCACCCCAAGCUAAAUCUCCCCUCCCUAAAUCACCUGCCAAAUCUCCCGCCCCCAAAUCACCUGAAUCCAAAUCACCCCAAGCCAAAUCUCCCCUCCCCAAAUCACCUGCCAAAUCUCCCGCCCCCAAAUCACCUGAAUCCAAAUCACCCCAAGCCAAAUCUCCCCUCCCCAAAUCACCUGCCAAAUCUCCCACCCUCAAAUCACCUGAAUCCAAAUCACCCCAAGAUAAAUCUCCCCUCCCCAAAUCACCUGCCAAAUCUCCCGCCCCCAAAUCUCCCACAGCUGUCAAAUCACCAACAUCUACAUCUCCCCCCAGCAAAUCCCCAGAGUCUAAGUCUCCCCCUCCCAAAUCCCCCCUCCCAAAGUCUCCUGAACCCAAGUCCCCCAUCCAGGAGAAGGCCAAGCCCCCUGCAGAAGACAAACUGGCCAAGCAGGAGAAGAAAGAGAAGGAACAACCCCAGCCUGUAAAGGAGGAAAAGAAACAAGAGCCAGAACCCAAGGAGAAAGAGAAGAGUGAGAGCCAACCUAAAGAGGAGAAGGUUGAUGAGAAGACAGAAAAACCAGAUCCCAAGGAGAGCAAGCCAGAGGAGAAUCCCAAGAAGACUGAGACCCCAACACCUGCCCCCCCUGCUGCCACCCCGGCCAAGCCUGCAGAGGAAAAGCCCGCCCCCGUCAAGGAGAGCCACGGCCCUGCUAAGAAAGAAGAGGAGAAACAAGCCAAAACAGUUGACACACCCCAGGUAGAGGUGAAGCCUGCCCCCAAAGAAUCACCACAGGAAACAGAGAGCACAAAGGAGGAGAAGAAAGCAGAGCCCAAAGAGGAGGUGAAGAAGGAAGACAAGAAGGAGGCCUCUAAAGCAUCCGACAGUAAAGAGGCAAAGGAUACGAAGGAGGUAGGGAAGGCAGAGAAGGCCAAGAAAUCUUCUAGCACUGAAGUCAAAGACGAGAAAUCUUCUAGCACUGAGGUCAAAGACGAGAAAUCUUCUAGCACUGAGGUCAAAGACGAAAAAUCUUCUAGCACUGAGGUCAAAGACGAAAAAUCUUCUAGCACUGAGGUCAAAGACGAGAAAUCUUCUAGCACGGAGGUCAAAGACGAGAAAUCUUCUAGCACUGAGGUCAAAGACGAGAAAUCUUCUAGCACUGAGGUCAAAGACGAGAAAUCUUCUAGCACUGAGGUCAAAGACGAGAAAUCUUCUAGCACUGAAGUCAAAGACGAGAAAUCUUCUAGCACUGAGGUCAAAGAUGAGAAAUCUUCUAGCACUGAGGUCAAAGACGAGAAAUCUUCUAGCACUGAGGUCAAAGACGAGAAAGCCAAGAAGUGAGUCACUAACACACUGCGUAUGAGCCAGAAGAGAGAGAGAGACGCCAAAGAACUAUCGGGGCGGGAUGGGAGGGGGGAAGGGACGCUACUGAAGCCCUGAGCAGCCUUUGUAAAGGGAAGCCAGAGCAUAGCAGAGCAGAGCAGAAGACAAACAGUAAACAAACAGAGCAAUAGCUUUUCUCUAGUUACUAUCCCCCAGGUACUCAACCCUGAUAUGAUGCUUCUUCUAAUCUAUGACUGUAGUGAAUGCAGAAUGCUCUAAACUCUAUCUGAAUUGUGUCUAUCUGACUGCCCAUCAUAAAUAACAAGUGCAUUAAAACAGCAGCAUCGCCUUGGCUGGGAGCACAGCACAGGGCCAUGCACCUUCUGAAGCCUUCAAGGGUAGCGAUGUCAACAAAUGUCUAUAAAAGAUUGUGACAGAUGAAUAUAUUGUACUGUAUGUGUAUAUUUAUGAAGAUAUAAAUGCGUAUAUUAUAUUAACAACUAUAAAAAGCAGAGAAAGACUACAAACCUGCUCAUUGUGCAUCUUAAACAGCUCCCUGUCUGAUGGUUGUGCUGACUCACUGUGCUGUGGUCAGUAAUGAUACCUAGGCCAGUGAGGAGAACUCUGAAGUCAGGGAUGACUGUGCUAUGUAUAAACUGCUGAGAGUAUGCAAUACAAACUGAUGAACUAAUAAAGGUUAAAACCGAAA